UAACUGAAUCUGGCAACAUAUUAUUCUGUCAAAACUGGGGGACAAUGACUGGAUCCACAUGCAGCAUAGAGCGUUACCAGCCCAGUAAUGCAGUGUACUGGUGUGAGUCUGGAUCAGGAGAGUUCAGCAACGCAGUCAACAUCACUAUAUCAAGUAAAGAUAUUAUCCUGGUGAGCCCUGUCCGUCCUGUGACCGAGGGAGAUUCUGUUAGUCUUAGCUGCAGAAUAAGAAGCCAAACAUUUGCUUCCAAGGUGUUUUUCUAUCGAAAUGACAAACUCAUUCAAAAUGAUACCAGAAGGGAGCUAAAUAUCUCUGCAGUGUCAAAGUCAGAUGAAGGCUUUUACAAGUGUAAAUACUCAAUAGGAGUGUCAGCACAGAGUUGGAUGUCAGUUAAGGGAGCCUCCAGGCCUGAAAGCUCUUCAUCUCCUGUACCGAUGAUUAUUGGGCUGGUUUUUGGAAUUGUACUUGUUAUUCUUCUGCUCCUUUUGUAUCGCUACAGACGGUCCAAAGAUUCAUGCUUUAUCAGGCCAGUCCAGUCUGAGAGCACCAAUCGGGGCUUUGCUACAGGUCACAUGGUCAACCAGAAUGAGGCUCAACAGAAUGAAGAUCCCUCUCCUCUCCGUGAUACAGCUGAAUCCCAGAAUGUCACCUAUUCAUCGAUUGAACUUAAAAACUUUGGAAGGAAGGGGAAACGCCAUGAACCAGAGGAGAGUUGUCUUUACUCUGAUGUGAAAAUAGGAACUGCAGAUAACAAUGUGACGUAUGCCCAAGUCACCCAGCACAACAAAGGUAAAGCCAAGAAAAACAAAGGAAAAUCAACUGCCCCAGCAACUGAUGAAGCUGUUUAUUCUGAAGUUAAACCAGGAACUGCUCUUGGUCUGUAAGGAGAGGUCAUUCUUCAAUUCCAUAUUUUUUUUAUCCUAUUGGUGGUCGCGGUGGGGCUGGAGCCUAUCCCAGCUGACAUUGGGCGAGAGGCAGGGUGCACCCUGGACAGGUCACCAGACAAUCACAGGGCUGACACAUAGAGACAGACAACCAUUCACACUCACAUUCACACCUACGGACAAUUUAGAGUCACCAGUUAACCUGCAUGUAAUUGGACUGUGGGAGGAAACCAGAGCACCCGGAGAAAACCCACGCUGACACGGGGAGAACAUGCAAACUCCACACAGAAGGGCUCCCCCACCUCAGGUUCAAACCCUCCACCCUGGAACAUUUUUGCUGUGAGGCAACAGGGCCAACCACUGCGCCACCGUGCCGCCUGUAUAAAAAUGCUCUCAAGUAUUUUAGAAAAUUAUUGUGGGCACACUGCUAUCCACAUAUUACACAUGCUCAGUAUUUUGUGCAGUUAAUUUGUUGGUAUAUCACAAAAAAAUCACAUCAUUCCAUUCAAAAAUUAUCUGUCACAUGGGAUUAUUCAAAGUACGUCUCCAGUGAAACGUGAUCCCAUCAGCUUCUUUACCUUGUGCACUGUAAUUUAGUCCUUUUUGCGUCUUCUUACAUUGUUGGCUGCUGCUUUAUAAUUGUGCAUGUUUCCGGAUGGUUCUGGUAAUCCAUGGUUUCUGGUUGUGGAAUAAUUUCACCGUCUACACAUCCUGGCCUCAACAAGACAGCCGCAUGGUCACUCCUCCCCAGCACAGUCGGCAAUGAUCCACAACAGGAUCGGGACAGCAGCUCACAGUCCCACUGACACACCAGUCCUUGUUUACCAUGGAACACACGCCUCCUCUACUUCUCUUGCCUGAGUCCUCUGCUCCGUCACAAUUGGUGUACAGAAUAAGAGUCACCUGGUGAAAUGGCGCUGUCAGGGAUCAGCCAAGUUUUGGUGAACAUCCUGAUAUCCUGUUGAAAACUGAUGCAGCACAGAGGUUGUCCAGUUUAUUUCCAGCAUCUGUACGAUGGCUAGCAGGAUGCUAGUUUGGCUGACGCUCAUUCUCCAUCUUUUCCUCAUUGUUUAAUGAUGUUUACAUUUGAGAACCUUGACCUGGCUAGCUAACAGCUAGCUAGCAGUGGAGAGUUCACAGACUGGUCAGCUGAUGCUCAUCAUCCUGAUGAGAGACUCGCAGCCACACGCCAUCAUCGUCCAAAGCCCACCACAAAAAGCACCACCAACACGUUGACAGAGAGGCGACUGGAAGCGUCUGUGCUUAACUUGUGGAUUUAAUUAGUCUGAGCACGAGCACAAGACUACUGAUGCUUAUUCUCAUUUAAUGUUAAUGCACUGCGUUAUCUUUAUUUUGUACAGUCAUUUUGUCUUUUAUUUUUUUGUAUGAAACUGUGAAUCCAAGCUAUUCCAAAGAGCAGCACAAGUAUAUUUGAGCUUCUGAUAGUGCAGCUUUAAAGUCAGCAUCUUUUAUAGAGUUAGAUAAAUCAAUUAAUCGUUAAAAAUUAUUUUAAUAUACAUGUUCAUGUUUUAUUUUCACCUUCAUGGAUUUGAUAUUUUUCGUUUUCAAUAUUAUUUUUUUUAGCAUUCUGUGCAUCAAUAAAGUUUAAAGCUAAUUUAUUUAUUUAUUUAUUA